AACCGAUUAUUUCAUUCAUUACGUAUGCUGGCAGUGCGGGUUGUGCAACUCCAUUGCUGGCGAAAAUCCGUUAUAUCUUUUACCGGAAAAUUCAUCGCACGGCCUUUUCUCUAUAUUAGAAGUGAAUGAGAUUUAUUUGAACGACUUUAAGUCACCAUGUUGAGGGCGCCAGCAUCAAGAGCAUGGACGGCAACCAGGCAGUUGCUGCAGCCCACAUCCUCUAGGAUGCUCUCGACGACCUCUCCAGCUCCAGAGAAGAUCGAGGUCUUUGUCGAUGAUCAGAGUGUGAUGGUGGAACCUGGAACCACGGUGCUUCAGGCUUGUGCCGAGGUUGGAGUUGAAAUUCCCAGAUUCUGCUAUCAUGAAAGGUUAUCUGUUGCUGGAAAUUGUCGCAUGUGUCUUGUAGAAGUUGAAAAAUCAGCAAAGCCUGUUGCUGCGUGUGCAAUGCCAGUCAUGAAGGGAUGGCGUAUCAAGACAGACUCUGAACUGACCAGGAAAGCUCGGGAAGGUGUGAUGGAGUUCCUCCUUGUCAACCAUCCCCUAGACUGCCCCAUCUGUGAUCAGGGAGGAGAGUGUGAUCUACAGGACCAGUCCAUGGCCUUUGGUAGUGACAGGAGUCGUUUUGUAGACAACCAAUUCUCAGGGAAGAGGGCCGUGGAAGAUAAGAAUGUUGGACCGCUCAUCAAGACCAUCAUGACCCGAUGUAUUCAUUGCACAAGAUGUAUCAGAUUUGCUAGUGAAGUAGCAGGAGUAGAUGACUUGGGUACUACAGGCAGAGGAGGGGAUAUGCAGGUUGGAACAUAUAUUGAGAAAAUGUUUGCCUCAGAACUAUCUGGAAACGUCAUAGAUUUGUGUCCUGUGGGGGCACUAACAUCCAAGCCCUAUGCCUUCACUGCCCGUCCCUGGGAGACCAGGAAGAUAGAGUCAGUUGAUGUAUUGGAUGCAGUCGGUAGCAACAUCGUUGUCAACACAAGAGCAGGAGAGGUCAUGAGGAUUCUACCAAGGAUGAAUGAGGAAAUCAAUGAGGAAUGGCUUUCUGAUAAGAGUCGCUUUGCUUACGAUGGUCUGAAGAGGCAGAGAUUGACUGUGCCGAUGGUUAAGAAUGAAGAAGGCAACCUCACACCCACCGACUGGGAAGAAGCUCUCACAAGGGUUGCAUCUCAGCUUUCAGAAGUUGAAGGAAAUCAAAUUGCAGCAAUUGCUGGUGGUCUUGUAGAUGCAGAGGCUUUGGUAUCACUGAAGGAUCUCUUUAAUGGACUAGGAUCAGAGGGACUAUGCACAGAAGAAACCUUCCCUAUGGAUGCCGCAGGAACGGAUCUUCGAUCAAACUACCUGCUGAACACGAGUAUUGCAGGAGUAGAAGAAGCAGACUUGAUCUUGCUAGUGGGAACCAACCCCCGCUACGAGGCACCUUUGUUCAACGCUCGCAUCCGCAAAAGCUGGAUUCACAAUGACCUUCAGGUCGCAUUGGUGGGCCAGCAGGUGGAUCUUACUUAUGACCAUGAGCACAUUGGAGAUUCCACAGCCAUCCUGAAGCAGCUUGCCGAUGGCUCACACCCCUUCUCAAAGACCCUUAAGGCUGCCAAGAAUCCCAUGAUCGUUGUCGGUAGCGGUGCCUUCCAGCGAUCCGACGGUGCUGCCAUCCACGCCGCCGUUACGUCCCUUGCCCAGGCUGUCAGAGCCAGCAGUGGUGCUCCUCAGGACUGGAGGGUGCUCAAUGUUCUGCAGAGGGUUGCAAGUCAGGUAGCUGCCCUAGACCUUGGUUACCAAGCUGGCGUGGAUCACAUCAGGGAGACCAAGCCCAAGGUUCUGUUCCUUCUAGGAGCCGAUGAGGGAACCAUCACAAGGGAUGAUCUCCCACAGGAUUGCUUCAUAGUCUACCAAGGUCACCAUGGUGAUGCUGGUGCUACAAUGGCUGAUGUCGUUCUACCCGGUGCUGCAUACACUGAAAAGACUGCUACUUAUGUCAACACAGAGGGACGUGCUCAACAAACAAGACUAGCCGUGUCUCCACCAGGAUUUGCACGAGAGGACUGGAAGAUUAUCAGAGCUCUAUCAGAGGUCGCUGGAAAUCAACUUGGGUAUGAUGACAUUGAUGGAGUAAGGCAGAGGUUAGCUGAGGUCUCACCAAACCUUGUACGCUAUGGAGACUUAGAGGAGGCCAACUUCUUUGAACAAUCUAGUGUGCUUGGCAAGACGGUAAGCACCAAACUAUCAGAACAAGCACUGCAGGUCAAGCAAACAACACUGGACAAAUUCUACAUGACAGACUCCAUCAGCAGGGCUUCCCAGACCAUGGCCAAGUGUGUGCAAGCUGCGUCCCAUGCACAGGAUAAAUAGCGCCCUCGUGCUUUAGAAUUGUUAUAUUUAUAAUGCAACAUGUAUGUACAGAGAAGUUAUUGAAUGGUUGCUUACAGGGAUGAGGUAAGAAGCAUGGGCUUGUUCUUCAAAUCCUUGGUUCUAAUGUUACGAGGACACUUGCACGAUUUGGGGGCGUGAUUAAUUUACGACUAGCGUGCGCGUAGUUUGUGGACAAUUGUCGUGAACAACUUUGUUGGGCCAAAUCGUGCCAUGGUACGGAUAGUUCAUAAUUGUUCAGCUAAAAAACAUAUACAUGCACGGUUUGGCUAUAACAAACUUCUGAUAUCAUGACCCAAAUAAACUAGUUGGGACUAAUCACUGACGCACUUUGCAUCGUCAUGAAUUUGCAUGAUCAAAUUGUGUCAAUGCAGGAACCAAACAUGCAAGUGUCAGCAGCAAUACUUUUUUGACAACCUAUAGAAAUUUGCUACAGUAAGCAUGCAUUUGAAUUGGAUGGCUACAAAAUAAUACCCGAAACAGGUUCAUGAAAUAUAGCCCCAGAGCUCAAGCUUUGUUGGCCGUUUGUCUACUGUUACGUAGAAGACUCCAGUAUUAUUUUGCAUUACAUAACAAAUUGCGAAUAUGAAAGCAGAGAUAAGACAUAUCUGCCCAAUGCAUCAUUCACUUAAAACGUUUUCAUAUUUCCAUUGAAUUAUAAUAAUGGUGUAUAAUCUCAAACCAUUCAACAAGAAAUAAACUCUGUGUAGAAUCAUAGAAUUGAGGUUUAAGGUUCAUAAUAUAACCUAUAAAUUUAUUGGAGCAUUUUAUUCUGGUAAUCAACACUGAUGAAGCCAGGGUUUGUUUGAACAUCUGUAAAUAAUGAUAUAAUUGUACAAAAAAAGAAAUGUCUGAAAACUUUGCAGUGAGCUGACAUUUCAGUCUCUGCAUUAUGUAUUGGAUAGUCUGAAGAGAGGCUAUGCUAAAUUGUGCAUUCAAAAACUAAAGUAUACUGGAUGGAUUGUGUCUCUGAAUCUAAUAAAAGUUUCUAAAUGAUACUAUA